CGGUAAGUUACAUUCGCAUAUAAAUAAGGUCGCCCAUGAGGAUUUAGGGUUUCUAGGAAAACGCCGUCUUCGUUUGCCUUGGUCUCUCCCGGAGUCGGAGCUCUACGCAGUCGCAGAGAUGCCGACACACAAGACGUUCAAGAUCAAGAAGAAGUUGGCAAAGAAAAUGAGGCAGAACAGGCCCAUCCCUCACUGGAUCAGGCUGAGGACAGACAACACCAUCAGGUACAACGCCAAGCGCAGGCACUGGCGCAGGACGAAGCUAGGGUUUUGAGAACGUUUCAAAUGUUUUGGAGUCGUAGUUUUGAGGUUUGUCUUUGUUACAUCAAUCUGAUGUGGAAUCUGUAGACCGGUUUAGAGGGAGAUACACAGCGGCAAGCUUUGUUCCAUUUUUUAUGGUCUAGAAUGAAUUUGCCAUAUGCAAUGGAUGCUUAUGACUUGCUUAUCAUUUAUUUCAGACAUUGAUUAGUUGCA